CCGCCAAAAUUGCUGGUCUCUACAAUGACUCGGAGCCACCACGCAAAACCAUGCGCCGGGGCGUGCUGAUGACACUCCUCCAGCAGUCGGCCAUGACGCUUCCCCUGUGGAUUGGGAAACCUGGAGAGAAGCCUCCCCCGCUCUGUGGUGCCAUCCCUGCCUCCAGCGAUUAUGUGGCCAAACCGGGGGACAAGGUGGCCGCCCGCGUCAAGGCUGUCGAUGGCGACGAGCAGUGGAUCUUGGCCGAGGCUGUGAGCUACAACCACGCCACCAACAAGUGA